UGUACUGUUCCAAAACUUAAAUAACUUGAUUAUUGGCAUGAGCAUUCGAUCAUUGCUAUUCACUGACUUAACACUCGCUCAGCAGAAGCGCAGGACGGCCCCUUGGUAGAAUUCUGUUGAUUAAUUAGCCAAUCACCUCGGGAAUGCACAGGACUGACAAAAUACUGGCUUAUAACGUGGGAAGUCCUUAAAUUGGCAAAGCGGACAGUCGAUAUCACCACCUUGCGAACUCUAACUGUGUGGCGCAUAUACUAUAAGUUCUGUACAUCGAAUUUAAAGGAAAGACAUAGCAAAAAUAAUGGCAUUUGUCGGAGGACUGUUGCUCGUCUUACAAGUUUUUGGAACAGGAGGGAGCUUACUGUGGACGAAAUUCGCGUCGGUCGGGAUGGAACAGGCGCCAGUCGAAAUGAACACCACUGUUUGCGCUCAACUACCCGGCUUUGUGACAGAGCAGCGGGAAAUAUGCGAGUCGAAACCAUUGGUUGUUCCCAGUAUCAGAAAGGGAGUGUUACUGGCAAUGAAGGAGUGUAAGAAACAGUUGAGUAAAGAACGAUGGGAUUGCGCAACGAUGACUGAAGCAACAGCUUUGAAGGGAUUGCUCGCCAUACCAAGUAAAGAAACUGCCUUCGUGUACGCGUUAACUUCAGCCGCUGUGGCUUACGCUGUCACCAAGUCGUGUACAGCCGGAGACUUACCAGAUUGCGCAUGUCAAAAGAAGCCAGUUCACAAAUAUUAUGGAAAACGAUUGAAAGCACGUUGUGAUGAAAACAUUCAAUACGGUAUGAUGUUCGCAGAACUUUUCGUUGACGCACCGGAUAAUGACAAGCGAGCAAGAUUGAAAACAGUUCGUCGCAGCGGUCAGAACUUAGUGAAUCUUCACAACUCCAGGGCAGGAAGAAAGGCUGUGCUUGCAUCGGUGAAAACCCGCUGUCGUUGUUACGGUUUAUCGCAAGGCUGUGCUAUGCGCUCUUGCUGGAAGGUACUACCGAAAUUUGAGGAAGUCGGUAAAAUGUUGAAGAAACAGUACGAGAACGCUGCGGAGGUAAUAUACGCAAGAAGGAAGCGCAAAUUAAAGAGAAAGGCGAACAGAAAACUUCGACUCGGCGAAAACGAGCUCGUCUACAUGAAACGCUCGCCGAAUUAUUGCCGUUCAAAUCCACGCAUUGGAAUUUCGGGAACGUCUGGGAGAGAAUGUCAGAGAGAUUCCGGGGAGUCUAUGAACAGCUGUGCGUUAUUGUGCUGUGGCCAUGGGUAUAACACGCAGAUCACACGUGAGAAACGGUUUUGCAAUUGCCGUUUUCGCUGGUGUUGUCGCGUGCAUUGCGACACAUGCGAGCAUGUUUACGAUAGGUAUACUUGUAAAUAGAAUGGUA